CAACCAAAAAAGAUGUAAUAAAAAUUAUAAGAAAAGACCAUGACAUUUCGUAUAAACCAUUUAUAUAUUUGUUCAACCCCUCUCACAAGAUCAAUCAAUUAAUUUAUUCUCUCUGAUCUUAACUUCGACCAUAUAAUCAAAACGAGGAAACAUUGUUAUUUGAGAAAGAAAACUUUGGGGGUUAUAAUGGAUGGUUCAGUUUCCAGAGAAGGAGGAGGAGCUAUGAAGCCUGUGAUUCUGAAAGUUGGUGUUGCUCUUGUGUUAUCAGCAACUGGUUUGAUCUUGGCUAGGUUUGUGUCUCGAAAAGAAGAUAAUCAUGUACCUUCUUCUGCAAGCAAUCUAGAGUCUACUUCAUCAUCUAGCAGAAUAAACGAUGGAGAACAAGAAGAAGAGACCGAGAUGCAAGAGCAAGAGAUUGUUGGACUAAAAUCAAGACUCGAGGAGCUUCAGAGGAAAGAAUACGAGAUGGAGCUACGUUUCGAACGUUACUGUAACAUGAAGGAACGUGAAGUCAUGCUUAUGGAGCAACAAACCAUGUUGCGUCUUGAGAAAACUCAAUUAGAUUUCCUCCGUAGAGAACUUUCAGCUAUAGAGGAAGAACAUAAGAGGGGCCAAGAUUUGGUGAUCGUGUUUCUCAAACUGGUGGGAGAGAUCCAAGAGCUGAGAACAGAGAAUUGGUUUCUUGAGGAGCAAGCAAAGAAGCUCAGGAGAAGAGGGAAGCAAUUACACAGCGUUGUGAAAGAAAAGAGCAGGAAAAGCAUUGCCGUGGAGAAAGAGUUAUUGAAGUGUGUUGAUGAAUUAGAGAUGAAGAACGGCGUUGUGAAGGAGCUUGAAGGUGAAGUGAAAGAUCUGAAAGCUAGGGUUGAUGUGUUGCAAGAGAAGGAAGAAGUGUCCAUGAAGUCAUCAGAGAUGGUGAGUGCAGAAGAUUAUAGAAAGGUAUUAAAAGAGUAUGAGGAUUUGAAGAAGGAUUAUGCUAAUGGAGUGAGUGAAGUGAUUAACCUGAGAUGGAGCAAUGCUUGUCUGAGACACAAGGUGAUGAGAAAUGAAACCAAUUAUGAGGAAGUAACAUUUUCUCCAAAUAGAAACUUGCAAGAGUACUUGGAAAUGGAGGAACAAGCAGAUGCUCUUGCAUUGACAGUAGUAGCUGCUCACGAGCAUCAUGAAGAGAACAACCAUCAUGAUGAUGAUCAUGAGCAUCAUGAAGAGAAUAACCACAACCAUCAUGAUGAUGAUCAUGAGCAUCAUGAAGAGAAUAACCAUCAUGAUGAUGAUCAUGAGCAUCAUCCUGAAACUUCAAGGAGGAAGAGGUUGAUGAAGAAGCUAAAGAGAUGGGUUGAAGGAAAUGAGAAGGGAAGAUCAACAAAGCUAGAGGAAAGAUGUUUCGGAAGGCACUCUCUAACGGUGGAGCCUGAGGAUGAACAGAUGUUUCACUCAAGAAGAUCUUGUUCUAGCGUGUAAAUGAAACAGUCUCUUGCAAUAGCUUUCAAUGUCAUGAAAAUUGAUUUAUGGCAAUGUAUCCAAGAACUGACAUAAAAAAGCCUAUUUAUAUUAAACACUGAAAAUAAAAAUAAA